GGAAGGUCAGCUUCCAGGAGUAUAUGAAUCUGAUUGGCUAUCUGGCGCAGGCUGUCAGCGAACAGCGUUCUUUGGAAAAAGAAACACAACCAGAGAGUUCAACCCAGGAGACGCAGGCUGAGGCGGCAGCCAAUGCACAGGCAGAGCCGGCAGCCAAUGCACAGGCAGAGCCGCUGAAGGCAGAGCCACAGGCGGCAAAGGAGGUGGAGAAAGAAGACGAGCCAGUGAUUGAGGAGGCAGCGGCCGAAGAGCAGAAGCCAGAGGAAGAGAAAAAAACAGAUGUGGAACAGGAAGGGGCGAAAGUUGAAGAGAAUAAAGCUGAAGAGAAGAAUAAAACAGAGGAAGCAUCGUAGGAGCUCGAGGAAGUGGAGAUUGUCGCAUCUCAAAUGCUUCUGUGUUUGUUUUGUUCGUCAUUU